CCUUCCAUGUUGUUUUCAACCCGGACACAUUUGUUGGCGUGACGUCAAUGUCACCUAUCUAGUCUGCUUGGCGGUUUUUGUUUCCUACUAGUUUCAAAUAAUUGUGUAUUUUUCUUGAAAAAACGUCUUUUAUUUUGGUUCUUCGGAAGCGCUUGAGUUUGCGGCCUGGAUCCAAAAGCAGGCCAAGAUGCGACUGACGUUGCAAGUGUUGAUCUCCCACGGCCGGGUGGGCAGAAAAAUGGGCAUGGGACCCAAGUCCCGCAUGGACCUGCUGCGGAACAUCCUGACUGGUUUAGUCCGGCAUGAGAGGAUAGAAACCACGACCGCCAGGGCUGAUGAAGUCCGCUUCUACGCCGAGAAGCUGAUUGACUACGCUAAAGCCGGAGACACGGAUGAGAAGGCCAUGAAGAUGGCCACAUUCUGGCUGACGGAGAAGGACCUGGUCCCCAAGCUCUUCAAAGUCCUCGCUCCGCGGUUCGAGUCCCACAGCAGCGCCUACACACGCAUGGCUCGCAUCCCCAACCGACAGAACCUGGACCGGGCCCAGAUGGCCGUGCUGGAGUUCAAAGGAAACCCUUUACCUCCACUCUACCCUGUCAAGAAAAGGAACGAACUGACUCUCAUCAACCAGCUGCUCAGAGCCUACAAGGAGGAGAAGACAGGAGUCAGCAGCAAGUCCACACCAAGUCUUCCAUAGGACUACCAAAACAUGAGCGGACUAUUACACACGUUAACAAAUAUCUCUUUGUCAUUGUCUCCGUAUUUUCACAAACCUGAUCAGAUAUUAAAGGCCUACUGAAAGCCACUACUAGCGA